GGAAUUCUGCGAGCUGAAGAGGAGAGGAAAGAAAGGCGAAAAGGAGAGUGUUUGUGGGACUAAGCAACUAAGUGCUGCGGACAAAUCAGAGGUGCAGAAUCUGUGAACAAGGAAGAGGGACCUUGGAAAGCUAGAAAGCCACUAUUCUAGAAAGAUGAGGGAAGAGGGGGAGACGAGAAACAAGUAAGUGUGGAAAGUUAUAAGACAGAUUUAGAAAAGAAGAGGAGGAAGUGGCCGACGAAGAAGAAGCGAAAGAGUGAGAACCAAGAGAAGAAAGGGGGAAAGGAAGAAGGAGAAACAAGUCUACCAUCACUUGAACCUCUGUCCGACAUCCAUCAUCCAGGAUGGACAAAGUGGAGCGAGUGAUGAAGAUGGUGAAGAGGAUGUCGCCCAGGAAGAAAAGGAGAGAAGGAGGGAAAAACGGGGGGCCGGGAGAUCUGGAGAGCCCGGACACUUUGUGUGACGAACUCUGCCGCUUCAGCCUCUGCAUCAGUGAUGACGGACCAUAUGGAAAAACAAAAGAUAUCUCCGGACCAGAACAGACCAUGGCCUCCAGAAGACACAGUAUACCAGAAGCUCUGCGGGGGGUGACUAUGGUGGAGCUGGUGAAGAAGGAAGGCAGCACGCUGGGCCUCACCAUCUCCGGAGGAACAGACAAGGACGGGAAACCCCGGGUGUCGAACCUGCGGCCUGGAGGGCUGGCAGCCAGGAGUGACCAGCUCAAUGUGGGUGACUACAUAAAGUCUGUGAAUGGCAUCAAUCUGACCAAACUGCGGCACGAAGAGAUCAUCAGUUUACUGAAGAACGUCGGGGAGAGAGUCCUGCUGGAGGUGGAGUACGAACUGCCCCCUACAGCUCCAGACAGCACCUCAGGGGUUAUAUCAAAGACAAUCGACAUCUGUUUGCACAAGGAGGGGAACAGCUUUGGAUUCGUGAUGAGAGGUGGUUCACAUGAAGACUGGCACAAGUCGCGCCCCCUAGUGGUCACCUACAUCAGGCCAGGAGGGCCUGCAGACAGGGAGGGAACUCUGCGCCCCGGGGAUCGUCUCCUCAGCGUGGACGGCGUCCCGCUGCACAACGCCAACCACUGCGACGCCCUCAGCGUGUUGGCUCAGUGUGGCCAGGAAGCCCUGUUCCAGAUAGAGUAUGACAUCACUAUCAUGGACACAGUAACGAAUGCCUCCGGACCGCUGUUGGUGGAAAUAGUGAAGUUGCCAGGAGCAACGCUGGGCAUCACGCUGACAUCGGCCAAUCAUCGGAACAAGCAGGUCAUCGUCAUCGACCGGGUUAAACCUGGCAGCGUGGUGGACAGAUGUGGAGCGUUGCAUGCUGGGGAUCAUCUGCUCUCCAUAGACGGGACGUCGACAGAACACUGUACGGUCCUGGAGGCAACACAGCUCAUAGCAAGCACAUCAGAACUGGUGAAACUGGAAAUCCUCCCCUCCUAUCAAACAAGACUGACUGGGAAACAGCACGACACAGUGAAGGUUCAGAAGUCGGACCACCCCCACUCCUGGGACCCCUGUGUGAACUUUGGUCAUACUUUAAACUCCAGUCUCUGCAACACAAGUGCUACCCUCAACAAGUCGUGGACUGCCUCGAAUAAUAACACCAUCAACAGCCUCGACUACUGCAAGUCUCUAGUAUCGGCCAGUUUCUCUCCCGGCUCUACGACAACAUCCGGCCCCAGUAGCCAGAGCUCCAGCACCCUGCCAAGGCCUACAGUUCCCAUGAGUCCACGUAACUCGCUGCUUAAACGACGGCAGAGAAAGAAAGAGCACAAAAGCUCCUUGUCCCUGGCGUCCAGUUCAGUGGGUCCCGGUGGUCAGGUGGUUCAUGUGGAGACCAGUGAGGUUGUCCUAACAGGCGACCCACUCAACGGCUUCGGUGUCCAGCUGCAGGGAGGAAUAUUUGCCACCGAAACGCUUUCUGCACCCCCACUCAUCCGAUUCAUAGAGCCCGACAGCUCUGCAGAGAGGUGUGGCCUGCUGCAGGUUGGAGACCGCCUCCUGUCAAUUAACGGGAUCCCCACAGAGGACGGAACACUAGAAGAGGCCAAUCAGCUUCUCCGAGACGCGGCACUGACCAAUAAGGUCUCCUUGGAUAUCGAGUUCGAUGUAGCAGAGUCGGUGGUGCCUAGCAGUGGUACAUUCCACGUCAAACUGCCGAAGAAAAGAGGAGUGGAGCUGGGGCUCACCAUCAGUGUCAGUAAGAAGCAAGGAGAGCCCCUCAUCAUCUCUGACAUCAAGAAGGGCAGCAUGGCCCACAGAACGGGGACCCUGGAGCCUGGGGACAAGCUGCUGGCCAUCGACAACAUCCGGCUGGAGAACUGCUCCAAAGAUGAGGCGGAGCAGAUCCUGCAGCAGUGUGAGGAGCUGGUCAAACUGAAGAUACGCAAGGACGAAGACAACUCAGAUGAGCAGGAGACCUCGGGCAGCAUCAUCUACACAGUGGAGCUGAAGAGGUACGGGGGCCCUCUGGGCAUCACCAUCUCAGGCACCGAGGAGCCGUUCGACCCCAUCACUAUAUCCGGCCUGACCAAGAGAGGCCUGGCCGAGAGGACAGGGGCUAUUCAUGUAGGGGAUCGGAUCCUGGCGAUCAACAGCAUCAGUCUGAAAGGGAAGCCCCUGAGUGAGGCCAUCCACCUGCUGCAGAUGGCUGGGGAGACCGUAACUCUCAAGAUCAAAAAACAACUGGACAAUAUAGAGGAUAGGAAGGCAGCAGAGGCAGAGGACACAACGGAAAACGAGAUCAGUGACACUGAGGAGGAUGAUUUGACGGACAGCCAACAGACCAAUAAGCUCUCAGAGCUUUACUCCACAACCAUACCCAGCGUGGACUCUGCCAUGGAGUCAUGGGACGGCUCAGGGAUGGACGCUGGAUAUGGCAGCCAGGGUACAUACAACCACCAGGCCGCUGGUAUUGCCCUCCACCCCCACGAGUGGCGUAGCGCCAAGCAGCAGCGCAGCACCACACCUCCACCUGGACGCCGGAAGAACUACCUGUUCAGUGACGGAGGGUUCAGUGAGGAUGACUGGGACAAACCACCAGGAUUUAUCGGCCAACAACCAGACGGUAUAAUGUUGGAUCCAGAUGACAGUUUCUGGUGUCAGGCGCUUGAGGAUCUGGAGACGUGUGGCCAAUCAGAACUGCUCCGAGAGAUUGAGGCGUCAAUAAUGACAGGAACAGCCAUCAGUCUGGGUGUAGAAGGUGCUAACAAGCCUCAAGCUGAGCCCAUACUGACCCACAGCAGGAUGAGCCCGCUGCGGAGAAAUUCCCUCCUGCACCAGGGAAACCUGUUCCACCAGGGGACACACCUGCAUGAGCAUGCUCACCUGCAUGAGGAGGCCCAACUCCACCAAGACGCCCACCUUCUCCAGGAGGCCCAUUUCAACCAUGAGGCCCACCUGCAGCAUGAGGCCCACCUGCACCAGGGGGCCUACAUCCACCAAGAUAACCAAUCCCUCCUGCACCAUGAUUCCAAGCCUAAAGCCUCCCUGAGAGUGUCAGAGAGGACGUGGGAGUCUCGUCGGAUCAAAGAGGAGAUGCAGGGCAUUCUGUCCCCAACGCCUCUGGAGCUGCACAAAGUAACUGUGAUAAAGGAUCCAGAGAUCGACGACUUUGGCUUCAGCGUGUCCGACGGCUUCUUGGAGAAAGGAGUUUAUGUCAACAUGAUCAGACCUGACGGGCCAGCUGACCGAGCGGGCCUCCGACCCUACGACAGGAUCCUGCAGGUGAACCACGUGAGGACCAGGGACUUUGACUGCUGCCUGGCGGUGCCCCUGAUCACAGAGGCCGGGGACAGACUGGAGCUGGUCAUCAGUCGUAACCCACUGGCCAAUGACGACGAUGACGCAGAGGACAAUAACAACACGUUUGACCAUCAUCUAGACCUGUAACACACAAACACACACAUACUGUACAUGCACAUGCACACACUCUGCCACACCGGCAGGGGAUGUACAAUAACUGGUGAUUAAGUUGCAACUGAAACUGGCCCAAACCCACACCACACUCCACCGGCUUGCAAUAGUUCUACUGAAACACAGAGACUCCUUCAGGAACAAACUCACACUGAAUUGCAUGCUCACACAACCACCCCUUCCCAUUCACACCGGGUUGAACUGCUGUCAUACCAUAUUAUUCUCACUGGGAUCUUGCAGAGAAACCACCAGGGACACUCUCAUUAAGGCGGGCUGGCAUUCAGCGUUGUUCCAACAUAAACAACCACUUCUCUGGCACUUUAACCAGCCAUUAACUGAUUUUGACUCUUUAAAUAUUAUCUUUACUUUAAAAAAUCAUAAAAACCUGCAAUUUGGAUGAGGUAAUUCUAGCAGUUUUUAAUGCAAGGUUUAUAAAAAAUAUCUAGUGCUCAAACUGCCUAGCUCAGUUGGCAGAUUUGUUUUUAGAAAAGCUAUUACUACUCAUUAUGAAGAUUGAUCCAACUGUUUCUACAAUGUAGCCGUUGUGAGAGUCCAUAUUGCUGCUAAGAAUCUGCUCAGUUAUUUUGUGGAAAGGUCAAGAUGAGCUCUCAGCUGUCGCAUGGAGUUUGAGUAUAUUAGAUACCUCUGCACAUAAUAGGGUCACAGUGAUAUAUAUUCAUGUGUGCCAUAGUUACAAGGUCAAGACACUGAUGUCAUCACAACUGCCAAUUUCCUUCUUUUUUUAUCCAAUCUUCUAAGGGAAAAGAAUAAAAGGGAUGGAUUUUUUUCUUGAUUGCUUCAACAUUUUCAACAAUGCUGUGCUCAUGGAAGUGCGUGGGAAAUAUCUUUCUUUCUGCACCAUUUAUUAGAUUAUUGACCUUUUUUUGUUUUUUUGCUAGAAGAGUUGCCAAAUUGCCAAGUCUUUCUCGACCGUUGUCUUGGAGCACUGGGUUGGUAUCGCCUCAGCUUAUUGCUAAACUACAAAGUCAAAGAGCAGUAGCUACCAUGUAUGCAAUUUAGAUAGCAUUGCUCAUGGUCAGGGCUCACAAUAAUCAGAGAAAAACACAUGUAUGUCAUUAAAGGGGCUCUGUGGAGCACUUUGAUGAGAAAUCUGGUACCUCUUUCAUUUUAAGACAUUGGUUUAAUGCCAUUAACAGCAUGGAGAACAAGUUACAGCAUCACUGUUGUUUACACUGUGAUAAUAACAAAACAGAAAUAAAGCUAUGUUCCUUAGCAACAAACAUAAAACAUGAUUUGAGUUGCAAGUAAACAAAAUGGUAGAAAAUGUAAAGGCCAGUGGGAAAAUGUGUACUUCAUUUAUCUUUAAGAAUACAAACAAACUAUUGGGUCAAUUUGUAAUUUCCCCUUACAUACAUACAAAUAUGACCAGGCACUCACAGCCCAACAUACAUGUCUUAACAGCAGAUAACAUGAUUUUUUAAAGACUUCACAUUUUCCCCUGCAUGGUUUGAUAUAGUGUUUAUGCUUUACACGCAGAUGUCAUUUGAAUCCAGCACGUACUGCUGCUUACGAAUGAUUGUAAAAAUUACAAGCAUAACAAAGAGUAUUUUCCGCUAUUUGGUUUAAAUGAUUAUUUAUCAAGAUCACUUGUGCUGCCUAUGUAACAGAUUAAGAGCUACAGUGUGAACAGCAAGCUAAUUUAAAAAGAAAUCAUAAAUAAAUACCAAGUUGUGGCAAAAAUGCUUCACUUAGCACCUUCAUAUGACAUCUGCAGUACAGAUCAACCAUGAACAUUACAUGUUACUGCUGUUUGACUUUGUAGGCAGAACGGACCUUUGUGUGGCCAUGAUCGGAGUAAACUGCAUCAUCUGCAUUGAGGUUGAUUUAUUAUGAUGCUUAAGAGUGUGGGUGCUGUUUAGAUGUAAGUCACACACACGAACAAGCGUAUCGUCUUAAACAGUGCCCGUAUGCACAGAUAACACAAUGUUUGUUCAUGUUUCUGUGUGUUUGGCUGUGACGAAUCCUGCAUCUCUGUUUCAAAUGUACAUGUGUAUGAGAUUGGUAUAUCUGAAAAGAUGCAACUCAAUUUGGGAUGAACUUUAGAUUGCAUUUUGCACUGUGACCUGGUAUUUGUCCCCCAUAUAUUAUAAGUGCGUUAGGAAAAGAUUGCAGCGAGUUUAAAUCAAAUAAAUGCAACUAAUGGUCCUUCAACAGAGUUUCAGAAUAGUAGGAGCAACACCUUACUCAAGUAUUGCCAUUGUGUUCAUUUAAUGAUAUUGUCCUUGAAAAAAAAGAUUCCUGAAAUGUUUCCAUAUACUACAAUGAUCCUUUAGGUUCUCAUCAUUCCUGCUACUUUUAAACAUUUCAGAUGUAUUUCUUAUUUCAAUCAUGCCCAUCAGUUUGGCAUGGCGUAUGGGAUCUAUAAUACCCUUAAGAUGUGGCUGCUCUGCAGAUAAAGCAAGUAAGAGUUGCAAAUUCAAAAAACUAUUUAAAUCAGUACUGUUGAAAACAAAACACGGUAUCAUACUUAUUGAAUCCCUCCAAAAUGGCUUCAUUCUCAUUCCUGUCUUCAUGUUUUCUCUUAUUUUUGCAAAAACUCACUCCGCCCUUAUUACCUGUGGAUUACAGAAGUGAGACUGGCUGACACCCUACUACUGCACAUGGCAGAGUGUGUGUGUCAGAAGGAAAGAGUGUACGGUAAUAUUUUUAUAUAUGUGUUCCUGUAUGUAAGCACAAUAGAGAGAACUAAUGUUGUGAGUGCACAAAAUGUUUGAGCGACAAUAAACACAACACAAAGACACACAGGAAUACUACAGUAUUCAGAGUGUGUGUUAAAGAGAGAAGAGACAGAGAAUAGCCUUUGGCCUCUGAAGGAUUGGACAUUUUUCAACAGGAACAAUCACAGCCUCUGUUCUCCCUCUCUUUUUUUGCAUGUCUCCCUUUAUGUUACAUACAGUGGUGUAGUGGGCGUUGGACGUGCCGUACCUCCACUGAGAGAGAGAGAGAGAGAGAGAGAGGAGAGAGAGAGAGAGAGAGAGAGAGAGA